AAACACACGACAAAGUGAUUUUCUAUUUCUGAAGAAAUAUAUGAAAUAGUUUGGUUUGAAAUGAAAAUCCCAAAUGGAUGGUUAGAUUAUAAGGCAUUGGGUGGCAUAAUAGAUGGUACCAGAUUCAUUGCUUUCAAGGUACCUUUAAAAGAAGGAUGUGUGCGGAGAAAUCUUCCACCAAAAGAAUGGUUUACUCCCAAAAGUUUAUUGUCACAAUUACAAGACCAAGGAAAAGAACUAGGACUGGUGAUAGAUCUCACAAAUACAGAUAAAUACUAUAAUAAAAAUGAUUUUGAGUCUAAAUCUGUGAAAUAUGAAAAGAUAUUUACACCUGGUAAAGUUAUACCAAGUAGUGAAGUCUGCCAAAGAUUUCAAGAUAUAGUUAAUGAAUUUUUACAAACCAAUCCAGAUAGUGAAUCUCUAAUAGGAGUACAUUGUACUCAUGGGUUAAACAGAACUGGUUACAUUGUAUGCAGGUAUAUGAUAGAUUGUUUAAACCAAGAACCAGAAUCAGCUAUUGCAGCAUUUAAUAAAGCCAGAGGUCACCCUAUUGAACGUGAGAAUUAUUUAAAUGCAUUAAGAUAUGGCCCUGAUAGUGAUAUAGUCAGAAAUGCUGCAGAAGAAGAAUAUAGAAGAGAAAGGGAGAAUGAUAGCAGACCAAACAACUUUCAAGAUAGAGGUGGUGCUAGUCAACUCAAUUGGAGGUCAAGUGAAAAUAGUAGCUACUCUAGAAGUCAGUUUGAUGAACCAAGUAGAAAUGGCUAUAGGGGAUAUGAGGAUGAGCCAUCUGGGAGCAGAUUAGAUGAACCAUGGAGACAAUCUUCAUACAAUAGAGACAGUCAAUCUCAGUAUGGGGGUAUGAACUACUCACGAGGGUUAGAUUCUUAUAACAGUGGCUAUAAUAAAAGACAGUAUUCUGAGAGUGGUUGGUCGUCUUACAGUAGAACUAGAGAUUCCAGGCCUAAACCCUAUAACAGUUCGAAAUAUCAGAAUAGGGGGGAAUAUAAUGGUAGAAAUCAGUCGAGAUACGAUGAUUGUCAAUGAUGAUUAUAUUCUCAGUAAUACCAAGAAAAUUUCAACUUAUUUUAACAGGAUUUUAUGACAUCGUUUGUUUUAAUGACGCUUUCACAAAUAUGGAUUGACCAAUAAAAGAUCUCAAACUGAUGAUAUUUGAACUGUUUUACAAGACUAAAUCCUAAUGUCCAGUAUCAGUGUACAGCAAUCUGUUAGUAAUUUAGUAAUAUUAUGUUAUUACUGUUUUAAGAAUAAUUUUGAAUUCAUCAAAGGGAUAAGACAUCAGAAGACAACUGAUGUUGAGCUGAAGUUUUAGAAAUGAUCACUCGGACUAAAUUUAUCUAAUUGACCUAUUGUUUAUAUACUUGGUUCUCAAGUACCAUACUGAAUAAUAUUUCUGUAUUUUUAAUGAAUUAAUUUUGUUUUAAGUUGAUUGAGUAUAUAAAAUAUUUGUUGAACUUG